GUUCUGUUUCCAUCUUUUUUGCACUGUCAUUUUGCGAAGGUUUAUUUCUGAUGUUUAUGAAAAGACUUUGGCUGAUGAUGCACCUGUGCUCUGAUGUUUGUCUUCGACGGUUCUCGCAGAAAUUUGAUACAUUUUUUUUCUUUUCUGUGCCAAAACACAGCCCCUUACUUCAAAGAUUGUUCUAAAUACAAAAAAAGAAAAUGAAAAAUAUGUCUUUCAUAUCAUUCAGUCUCACUGAAACCCCCUCACUCCAUUCGUGUAAAGCGCAAAAAAAGGCCUGGAGGUCACCUGAGGCGGCCAGCAGGUUCAGCAUAGCAACACGGCUCAAAUUGGAAAAUCUACAGCGGUGGGCGGCGCCUCCCCCGACGUCUGGUAGCGUUUGGAAAUUUCAUCCGAAGUGGUCUGUCCACGUGAUUGGUUAUGGAAUAAAUACAGAAGGUUAUUGGAGGUCCAUGCAGUUCGUCCAUAGGCAGACUCGAAGAAACAAGUCAGAACCUAAGGACGACCAACGCCUGUUAGAGCCAUGGUGUAAUCUCCUGGGAUUCAUCGCACUGACCCUAACACGUGAAAAAAAUCCUUUAAAUUUCACCAAUUCACUGACAGACAACAAGAACAACAAUAAAAAUGUAAUUCCCUGAUGUAGCCAUUAAACUCUUGCAAAGUUAUGGGCUAAAAUGGAAAUAAAGUUCUGUAGAGGGAAA